AUGACCCCUACAGAACAGGAUGUUGAGAUACUCGUUCAUGUGGAUGCUCCCAGUCUAGUCGCCGAUGAUGCGCGCUAUCGCCAACUGGCAGAUGCCUAUCUCAGCUAUCGGCCCGACCGACGUGACCCGGUUCCGCUUCACGACGAGAAACAGGUAGCAUCGUCCACCACCAACGAGCGUACCGAGGCCAUCACCUCUCCAACGUCAUCUGCCAGAGUUGAGCCUAGAAAUCUAGAGCUCACCUUCCAAGAAUCCCAGGAUCUGAGCUUCACUGGUGUCUUUGACAACCGAGGCUCGCCGCGUUUGACAACGGCCAGGCAGUUGUCCGGACCUCGAUUCGAGGAGCGGCUUCCAUCGUCCUUGCCGGAGGAGAGCGUCUCUCAGCAGGUGUUCUCCGCGCCGGAAAGUCAGAUCGCAGAUUCAUAUCCUCUCCCGAGGUUGAACAUUUACACUUCGCCCUCAAAGGUGCUGCAGCGUUAUGUGAGCCUUCAUACACCGGCGGCACCCACCGACAGCUCAAGCAAGCCCACCGACACUGAGCAAACCCCUUCUACAAACCACAACCCAAGGAGGUCACCGAGGGCACUAUUGUCUGACAGCUCUCCGAACAAGAAUACAUCGGCACUUGUUGAUGGUAUUGCGCAGAAGGUUGUGCCGGAGACUCCUUUGGCACGUGUGGUGCAAAAACGACUGGCCGAGGAUGUUCGCGAGGACGAACACUACCACCAUGACGUGACACAUAUCACAGGCAGUGACUUGAGCAACGACGCGCCCUCUAUAUAUGCUCCCAGAGCCGGUUCUGCUCCGCCAGCAAAGCGACUCAGGUCCUCCGCCGAAACUGCAACACCCAGACCGGGGAACCUGAUGCGCAGCGCAAGCGAGAGGGCCAGUGCCGCCAAAUCUUCACCGCCGGUGCCGACCCAUCACACUUCGCUCGAGCUAUACCCACCGUCACCAGCCGUGAGCAUCGACACACUGACUGCUGACGAUUGCAUCUCUCCAAAACUCGCAAAGCUGGCUCGAGAUGUGUCCUCACGCUACCAACCUACCAUGAAACGAGAGCUCGAACCUUUUGAGAGAGGGCACUGGCUGGUGGACUGCACGACUUGGACGCCACAUGUCCGUUUCGACGCGUGGAAUUUCAUUGGGGAAUAUUUUAAGAGUGGCUCGGCGGGCUGGGGCGUGUGGUGUCGACGAGACACGACUCACGACUGGAUCAAACUGUACUGCUGGGGAUGCGUCACGAAGCACAUGUAUCUCUUGUUAUACCUCGCGAGCGGUCGGGCAAUGAAGUACACGGGCGCCCAAUGGAAGGACGCAGAUGGGGAGGUGGCGAUACAGGCUCAGCCGAUGGCUGAAGGCCUCACGCAGGGAUAA